AUGCCGCCCCGCACCGCCGCCAACAACCUCACCUCCUCCUUCAACAUCGCCGACGCCAACAACGAAGUCGUCUGUCCCUUGCGCAAUCAAGAUGGCAGCAAUUGUAGAAAGCGGUGCCUUGGCGAAAAGCGCUUUCGCUCCAUGCAAGAGCACAUUCGCCGAGCACACCCCGAGUACUACAUCCCGAAACUACCCGCCACGAAAGAGAGCUUCGAGUUGAUGAUCAACACUCCACCGCAUGAGAUACCACCCCCGCAAGAGAACAAUAACAACAACAACACACCCAACAACUCUACUUCGGUGCUGCGGCAGCUCCAACACACACAACAGCUCUCUGAUCCGUCAGGAUAUCACGCUCUCGGCGGUCACGAUGGUGGUUACUACACCGCCGGUGACGCCGAAGCCGCCGCCAUCUUCACCAACAUGCAGUUUCAACAACGCUCCUCUGACGAGUACCGUCGAGGCUCCCUCAUACCCGCCGCAAGUGCUGCCGCCGCACUAGCACAAUUACAUUCCCAUCGAGGUGCCGACUCAGAUUGGCCCACUGAGAGCAUGGGACAGCAGGUGAUCUUCCCUUCCCUGCAGAUGUCGCCGACAGUCACUGAGGCCGAUCUUCUUCAGGACUAUUACGGGUCCAACAAUGACCUCAAAUCCAACCCUUUCCACGUCGAUCCUCAGCUCGAAGACAACUCCUACCUCCACGAUCACUCACAGUUCCAACCCAACUCGCAUUCAGACGGCCCUGCAGGUUUGAUCUCUCCAUCCGAUCGUCCCAGCACACUUCCUCCCUUACAGAGAAGUCUGUCUCGGGGUGGUCAUUCGAAUCGACCUCGCAAGUCAAGUCUGUCUCAACAGGCGAGAAUGGCCAAGCAUGAGCGGAAGAGAUCGAAAGACUUGAUCAAGCGGAGUAGUGGUGGUGAUCGCAAAGCCUUUAGUGCCGAGCCCAGCAACAAUCCAGCCUUUCUCUACGGUAAGAGGUGGGAAGACCUGAUUGAUGCUGCUGCCAGUGCUACAGAGGAGGAGGACUCGAGAGAUCUGACGCCGAUCCCCGCAUCGCCAUAUCAAUCACCACAAGUCGCCUCUCGCACCUCAUUACCGCCACCCUUCGGCGGUCUCGGCGCUCAAUUCACCUCCUUCCAAGCAUCACCCCUCAACCGUGCUCUCACUCCACCCGACGCAAAUCACCACUCCGGCCUCGACAUGCAAACCUUCCCCUCCGUGGACGACUCAUCACUCUCCUCCAACCUGUCUCAUCAACACCACAACUCCGCGGACUCGGGCUCCCAAUUUCAGAUCAUGAACCCCUCAUCAAUCGACUCGACUUCGUCGGAAAUCUACUGUGCGGGAUGUCGAAGGCUGUGCUCGCUGAAGGAAGCGUUUGCGUGUACUGGAUGUAUUUGUGGGCUUUGCGGCGUCUGCGCGAAUGCGAUUGUGAGCGAGCAGAGUCGUGGGAGGAUGAGCAUGUGUCCGAGGUGCCAUGUCAUGGAUUCGAGUUACAAGCCUUUUGCAUUGGAUUUUCGGUAG